AUGAAAAAAGUCCUAAUUCUCCUCAUCCUUUCUCAAAUUAUCGCCUCUGAAUUUUGCGAGCAUAACUACGAAUGCAAGUCGCUUCACAACUGUGUUGACGGAGAAUGUAUGCAUAAAGAUCUUUUCCCUAUAGCAGGAAGUGAGUUUAUAGGCACCUUUAUUAAUAUAAUUAUCAGUGCUUUAUCAACUUCAGCUGGUCUUGGCGGUGGCCCACUUAACACAAUUGUCGGUCAGCUUUUGUUCAACUAUGAUUUAACCCACGCAAUACCUUUGUCACAGGUUGUUAUAUUUGGCGGAACUCUGAUGUCAGUAUGCCUCAAAUUAAAUGAUCGCCACCCUACCAUAAAAUCGAGGCCGCUUACAGAUUAUGAAUUGAUCUCAUAUUUAAUUGUUCCGUUGCUAGCUGGAACCUCAGUUGGUGUUUUCUUACACCUAAUAUUUCCAGAGUGGCUGAUAAUAGUGACAAUUAUUAUUGUCAAAAUUUAUAUAUCAAUAUUGGCAACCCAAAAAUGGUGACUUGCAUAUAAGAAAGAAAAUUUGGAAAAAGUUAAAAGUGAGGCAUCUGCAAUGAAUGAGAUUUUAAAGCCAUUAAUGGAAGAGGACACAAACCAAAUAAUAGAAAUCAAAGAAAGAGAACCAAGAAUGAAAAUUUCUUAUUCUAGCAUUGGGAUAGUUGGGAUUGUGUAUGUAAUAGUUGUGCUUGGGUCCUUCAUUAGGGGAGGAAAAGGUAUGAAUUCAAUUGUAGGAAUAACGCAAUGUGAUAUAUGAUACUGGAUUUAUACUGGAUUUUACUUCUUUCUCCUUGUUGCUAUAUCCUGAUUAUGUGGGAAACUUUUAGUUGACAGAACGCAACGAAGAAUUGAAAAUGGAUAUGACUUUGAUUUGGGCGAUCCUAAGUGGAAUAGCCAGUUAGCUAUCAAAAUUGGAUUGAUCACUGCAUUUGCAGGACUUUUGGCAGGAAGUCUGGGAAUUGGAGGAGGGAUGAUCAUGAAUCCUUUUAUGAUUUCAAUCGGAAUUCGGCCUGAGGUGUCUACAUCUUGCUCAAAUUUCAUGAUAUUAUUUAGUGCUUCCAUAUCAGUGUUACAAUACACAAUUGGAGGGAUGAUCGAACUGGAUUAUGGACUUUGGCUAUUAGGGGCUUCUCUUAUAGGAGCUAUACUGGGAUACUAUGUGCUUCGGGCAUUGCUAAGAAAAGUCAAAAGGCCAUCAAUGAUAGUCUUAUUGAUUGCCUUUUUGACCACAGCAAGUCUUAUUGGCAUAGCCUCUACAGGUAUUUUCACAAUAAUUGAAGAACAAUAUUUUGGGUUUUCUAGCUUAUGUUAA